AUGAGUAAAGACAAGCAGAGCAAACACGUGCCGGAAUGCGCUGGAGCUGCGUCCAAAGGCCUCAAACCCGCGAGGAUGCCCAAGUGCAGCCGCUGCAGGAACCAUGGAUAUGUGUCUCCUCUGAAGGGACACAAGCGCUUCUGCAACUGGAGGGACUGUCAGUGUCCCAAGUGCAAGCUCAUAUCCGAGAGGCAGAGGGUCAUGGCAGCACAGGUUGCUUUGAGGAGACAACAGGCGCAAGAAGAGGAGCUUGGGAUUUGUAGUCCAGUGGCUCUGCCGGGCCCAGACGUGAUGGUGAAAAAUGAAAGUGAAGCAGACUGUCUUUUCUCUGUGGAAGGACAUUCUCCCACUCCUACAACCAGUACUGCUGCUUCUGGGGCUGUGACAGGAAGUCGCUCCAUGUCGUCCUCCCCCAGUCCCUCUCACAGCGCCAGGGCUCACUCUGACGGGGCAUCUGACCUACUGCUGGAGACGUCCUAUUACAACCUGUACCAGCCAUCGCGCUACUCCUCCUACUACGGCAAUCUCUACAACUACCAGCAGUACCAGCAGAUGCCUCACGGUGAUGGACGUCACAACGUGCCGUCUCAGUAUCUAAUGCACUCAUAUUACCCAGCAGCCACCUACCUGACCCAGGGCCUGGGCUCCUCGGGCUGUGUGUCCUCCAUUUUCAACGUGGAGGACCACAGCAGCAACAACACCAGUGCUGACAGCAUGACAACCUCUUUCAUGAGCCCUGCAGCGGGUGGGCACGACUCCACUCUGACCUGCCACUCCAUCAGCUCCCUGGUUAACUCCAACGUGAAGGCCGAGUGUGGGAGUGCAGCAGACAGCGCCAACUUCACCGUCAGCUCUAUCAUGGACGACGCCACCAAACAACAAUCACGAGCUCUGUGUCAGUGUCGGUGCGCGAUGAACGGCUACGGUUCGCCGUACCUCUACAUGGGGACCCCGGUGUCCCAGCCCCGCGCCCCGCUCCAGAGGACGCCCAAAUGCGCGCGCUGCAGAAACCACGGAGUGCUCUCGUGGCUCAAAGGCCACAAACGCUACUGUCGCUUCAAAGACUGCACCUGUGAGAAAUGCAUCCUGAUCAUCGAGCGUCAGCGCGUCAUGGCCGCGCAGGUCGCGCUCCGGCGGCAGCAGGCGAACGAGAGUCUGGAGAGUCUGAUCCCGGAAUCACUCCGGGUCCUACCCGCCAUCACCGAGGCUGCCCAGGGGCCCGGGGCCGCGGGCAGGGCCGAGGAGCUGGACCUGAGGUGGAGCAGUGCGGAGCCCGGUCACAGCGCGUCCAACUGCACAGAGCCGGAGGACGGGGCUGACGACGGCUCCGGGCCAGAGAACGGAGGCAGCGGGAGCGAAAAGGAUCAAGAUCCGCUCAGCUCUCCAGAAGGAUCCAAACACAACACGUGCUUCACACCGGAGCCUCCAGAGACACCGUCCCAGCAGGAGGAGGUCCGCUGUAGCACCGGGAAAACGGGGGACAAAGAGGGCAAAAGUCCCAUGAGUCCGACGGAGCAGAGCGCGCUCCUGGAGGGCCUGCCCCUCAGUCUGCGGGCCCACAGACCUCCUCUGGACGUCCUGCAGAAGGUAUUUCCGGCGCACAAGCCCGCGGUACUGGAGCUCAUCCUGCGCGGCUGCGGGGGUGACCUCGUGGGGGCCAUAGAGGUGCUGCUGUCCAGCCGCAGCCCGGAGGCUGGCGCGCACCCGCCACAUGGAGACACUUCAGCGGAUGGCCUGGUGUUGCCCACAAACGGACACGCAUUGGACCCUGCGCUGGGCUCAUACCCCGUGACCAGCUCCAAGUGGUCCGUUGGCUCGGCCUUCCGUGUCCCGGACUCUCUGCGUUUCUCGUCGGACCCGGCUCCGGGUAUUGUGCCCACUGGGCCUAUAGGGGUCCCGUUGCAGCACCCUUCUUUCCCACAGCCCACGCGUUACCCACUGAUGCUGCGUAACUCGCUGACGCGCAGUCAGACCGGGCCGUUUGUGCACAAUGACGUGACUCUGUGGAACACCGUGGCCCUGCAGCAGCAUUACCAGCUCCGCUCCGCCGCACACUAUGUGUCGCCCUUCUCCACGGCCCCCGGUGCACCUGUCUUUAGAGGGUCACCGCUCCUCGGCGCGUCCCGGGCUGAAGAGCAGCGCCUCAGCCUCCAGGAGGACACCGGCGCACUGGGGCCCAAACCGCUCUACUCCCCGGACCAGGACCAUGAGUACGAGGAGCGCUCCGACUCUGCGGACUCCCGCAUCCUCAACUCCUCGUCCUAG